ACACGACUUGUUUGCAGGCUUUUCCACGGCCGACUUUACCAUUAUUACCAUGCAUAAAGCCAGUGUCUUCAGAAGAUCACCAUCAGAUAUAAAUACAGACGCAUAGAUCUCUCUCUCACACGCACAGUCUCUCUGUGAAAAUAAUAAAUCACUCUCAAUCUAUCAAUCUAUAUGGUGCAACUAUUAUACACACGUACACACACAUUCAUUCACUCUCGUGUACCAACUCUGCUCUUAUUAAAUUGUUACAGUCUCUUGCUUGCCCGCUUCUUUUCUUUUCUGGGUAUUGUAAUUAUCCUUGUCAGGUUACGUAAUUACUGCCUACCUAGCUCUGUCUCUGUCUCCCCUCCCUCCCUUUCCACUCAACUUUCUUUUUUUUUCUCUUGCUAGUACUCUUACUGCAUUCACACCUAACAUUGCUUGCCCGCUUCUUGUUUGUCCCUUGCUAUGUUUCCAUUUCCCAGUGCUAUACUAUUACCUGGUGUUUUUUCUUUGGUACUCGUUAACCAAUAGUACCAUACUUGUUUUCUCUCCAUUUGCAUUUCUUGCUUCAUUCUUCUUCUUCUUCUUCUGUCUAGUUGCUAGUUUCUUGAGAUUUAAGUGUUAAAACAAGAGGUUACAAGGAGUCAUGGCUCCUGCUACGACGGGUGGCUCUUCCUCUGUACCAUCAUUGCCGCCGCCUUGUCCAAAGUCACCGCCGGAGUAUCCGGAUUUGUAUGGAAAGCGAAGGGAAAUGGCUAAAGUGCAGAUGCUUGAGAGAGAGAUUGGUUUCUUAGAGGAGGAACUAAAAUCUCUUCAAGGUCUCCAGCCUGCAUCUAGAUGCUGCAAGGAGGUCACUGACUUUGUUGUGGCAAACUCAGAUCCUUUGAUUCCUACUCGGAAGAAACGAAGGUCUUGUCUAUUCUGGAAGUGGCUAUGUGGUAUACGCUGUUUUAACCUAUCAUGGAUCUGUUGCUGCUGUUCUUCGGGAUGCUCUCUUCAUCUAGAAUGUCCGAGCUGCUGUGAGUGUAAUCCACGUAACUGCUGUUCCUGCAUCAGCUGCCCAACUCUAAAGUGGCGAUGCUGCUGCUGCUGUCGUCUUCCUAGAUCCCAUUGCUGUAGAAAGAUCUCAUGCAACAGGAACUGCUGCUGCACUUGUCAAUUGCCUUCAUGCCCAGAUUGCUCUUGUUGCAGUUGGACAUGCUCUUGUCCCAAAUGUCCAAAGGUACCCCCCCUUUGUUGCAACUGUAAAAAGGCUUGCUGUAAUCCGUGUUGUUUAUUCUUCUAGCAUUUCAGUGUGCAGUAUUUUAAGGAAGCUUUUAUCUACAACAUGCCAUUCUAUUUCUCCAUAUAGUAUCAAUGGUGGGAACUUUUUUAUUUUUUGGUUUCUUGAACUGGCCUUGGCUAGGUCUAUAAUGCAGUUAAGAAAGUUCCAUCUA